AUGGAUGUUGCUCGAUGGACAUUGCCGCUCGACGGGCCACUCUUGCUGCGGCAGCUCCACGUGAAGCCGAUGCGCCAGCAGGCGCCUGGACCCAUCAACCCGGAUGAGCUUGAGACUCAGCCUGGGGAGCUCCCAAACAUCGACCUUCCUCCUCGAGUCCUCUUUGGUGAUAAGGAGCAAAAGUUUCAUGAUUGUGCCGCCCCAGCGGGCCUUGAUAAUCCGGAACGCAAAUGCUCCUCGAAUCCUCCAUCCAUCGCAGAGCAAGCUCCGAAAACUCCUGUUCAAGCAAUGGUUGUGGCGACACCCCGCUCCCCGACGCCGACAUCAACACCGACUCCGAAAGGUUCGCUGGGCGAGCCCAAUUCGAAUGGUUGCCAGGUUGGUAUGGAAGAGCCAAUUCCGGGUAAUUCAGAAGUUGAUGGACCACAGGGUGAGCCUUCUGUGGAGGAUGCGGAGCCCUUGAAGUCAGAAGGUGAUGGACUGCAGGAUGUGCAGCAACCUGUUGCUAUGGAGGAUGCCGAGCCCUCGAAGUCAGGAGUUGAUGGACCCAACGAUGAUCCCAACCAUGAUGAUGAUGAUGAUGAUGAUGAUGAUGAUGAUGAUGAUGAUGAUGGAAUUUCCCUCUCCAUUCCCUCCAAGUCUGAGUUCGAGGCUGAUGAUGUCUUCGAUACCAAGGUCGCUCUGACUCGACAGCAGCAGCGGGAGAAUGGCUUGGAGUUGGAGGAUGAAGACGAAGAGGAAGCGAAGCCUACCCGGGGCCGUGGUCGCGGCAGGGGCGGGCGGGGCGGCGGGGGACGCGGGUCCUUCAAAAGGCCCGCAGCAGCCAGCCGUGGACGGGGCGGCAGGGGGGGCGGGUGCUUGAAAAAGCCCGCAGCAGCCGACCGUGCUUUCGUUGGCGAUGGGCCGAAGGGCGACGGGCCAGUUGCUGAGACAAAGAUCGGUGAGGGCAAGGUGGGCAAGAAACGACCCUGCGCAAGCAAGCCCGAUGGUGCAGAGGGUGUUGGUGCGAAAAAGGCAAGAAACACCUUCGCCAGGCGGCCCCGUCCCAAAGAGACUGCGAACCCGACUUCGAUUGCCAAGUGGCAUGGCCUUGGGCAGUUCUAUGACAAUCAGAUUGGUCCUCUUCUUUGUGCUCCCAGCAAGUACGAGGAUUUGUGGGUGUUUCUAAACAUUCGUCGUUCUCUGCAAUUAAACUAG